UUUAUUUACUAGCUGUAUGAGGCUAAGCAAGUCACUUAAUGUCUGGUAGGCACUUUAUAAAUGCUUGUUUCCUUCUUGCUCACUCUCCAGUCUGUUCCAUCUCCAUACUGGCUGCUUUAUAUUUUCCCAUAACAGAAUAUAAGCUCCUUGAGAGUAAGGACUAUCUUGUUUUUGUAUUCUGAGAGCUUUACACUUACUAAAUGCUCUAUCCAUGUCUGUAAACUUGUUAUAGCUUUUAAAAAUGUACAUCAAAUUUAACAAGAUAGUAACAAAAUUGACAUUUGUAUUCUCUCCUGAAUUAUUUUUCUGUGUAUGUAUCUCUCUGAUUGCUAGUACCUCCUCUGCUCCCAAUAUUACAUUGUAUAUACUUUGUAUUUACUUAUGUGUUUUCAUAUACCCAGCACAUAGCACAAUGCCUCACUCACAGUAGGUACUCAAAUAAGUUUGUUGAUUAACUUUUCCCCAUAUAUUUGCACACUAGUUCUUAACAGUUUCUAUCAGCCAUUGUUGUGGCCGAAGGAGACCAUUAUGAAUCAGAUAUGCAGGGCAAACAGGAUAGAGCUAUUACAGAGGCCAAGGAAGAAGGCAGUGUACAGAAGGGAGUAUUCAACAAUAUGGAACGCUGCAGAGAAGUUAAGUUGCAUACAGGGAAAAUGUUAUUCAAUUUGCUAACUAGGUUACUGAGUACUUGUGAGACAGCAGUUUAAACUGAGUGGUAGAGAUGGAAGCUAGAUUGCAGGGAUCUAGAAGUUGAACAUUGAAAGGGAAGAGAGAUACAGGACAUAGUUUGAAGGAAUAACAGGAUCAAUGAAAAAAAAUUUUUAGAACGGAGACUUACGCAUGUUUACAGAUAGACUGUAAAUAAAGGAAAACAGAAGGUGAGAGACUGAUCCAUAAUGGAUCAAGUUCUCAGAGAUGGGAGAGAUGAAAUGAAAAGCUCAAGGGGUUAGACAUAGCAUGGAGGUGGCUCAUCUCAUCUUCCAAGAUUGGACUCUAAGCUGGAAGUUAAGGGUGGACUUUCCACCCUUACCAAUUACCAGUGUUGACUUUGGAUAAAUCUUUCAAUCUUUCAAAACUUCAUUGUACUUCUAAAUCAUAAAAUAGUCACCUUAAGCAAGUCACUUUACUCCUAAGCCCUCAAGUUCUUAUGUUUAAAAUCGUCCCAACUAGAUGAUGAGCUCUAUGAAGCCCUUUUUAAUCAAAAUUCUAUGACCAUGUGACUGUACUUUGUUUUUAUAUCUGUGGCUUAGCAAAAUACUUUUCACAUAGCAGCCAUUCAAUAAGUAUUGAAUUAAAUUCUUAAUUUUAUAAAUGGAUUAUUUCAGCUUUCAUCAGCCAAAUCCUCAGGUGAUGCCUGCAGCUCUUUUUUUAAAAAAUUUUCCCCAAUGACAUGUAUAAACAAUUUUGUUUUUUAAAAUUUUUGAGUUCCAGAUUCUCUCCCUCCUGUCCUCAUUGGGAAUGCAGCAAUUUGAUAUAGGUUAUACAUUUGUUGCCUGCAGUUCUGUGAAGUUCCCUUACCAAGCUCAGGCAUCUUCCUAUUUCUAUUUUUCCAUAGUGAUAUUACUGUAAUGGGGUAAUGAGUCCUUGGAUCCCUUCUCUCAGUAAGGCCUGAAGGGGGUAUUGAUUUUUCCAAGUGCAUUGCCUUCAGAAACUUUCCAUCAGCCUAAGAGUUGGAAAGGACCUCAGAGAUAGUAUAAUCCAACCUACACAUGAAUAAGAGUUCCUUAGGAUCUUACAUGCAAAGCUGGAAAGAACCUUAGAAGUCAUCUAGCACAAAUCUCUAUUUUAGAGAUGAGGCCCUGAGACUAAACUACUUGCUCCAGGUUACAUACAUGGUAUGUAGCAGAUCCAGGAUUUAAACCCAGGUCUUAUGUUAACCAAAUUCUGGGCAUUUUCCAUACAAUACGAUUUCUAAAACAUCCCUUACAAGUGGUAUCUUCUUGAAGACUUCCAAUGAGGCAAACUCUUAUCUUCUGAGAUAUCCCAUCCACUUCUUAAGCACUCCAAAUUCAAAAUGUUUCUUCACAUUGAAGGGAAAUUUGCCUUUCUCAGAUGGCUACUGAACUAUUAUUCCUAGUUGUGCUUUGUGAAACGAAGCAGAAUAGUCUAAUUUCUACCCAAUUUGAAAAACCACUAGGUCUCCCUUGGGUUGCACCCUUUUUCAGGUCAGGCAUGGCUCUGGUCCUAGGAGGCUUGAAACCUAAGACAGGCAAAAAGUGCUUCUCUCUGCUCGGCUCCUUCCCAAGUGUGCUCGCUUCUCAAGGUCACAUACUUGUAAUCAGGGAGAUGAUCAGUUUCCAGCCAACACUGGAAGGUGAGAAUUCCUUUUUACGAUUCAAGGCCAAGUAAAAGCAUACACUGAGGAUAUAUUUACAUGGGCAAAAUCAUAACUAUAUACAGUCAGACUUCUUAAUAGUGAUUCUUGCCUCUCGGUUUAUUCUUUUUCUGGCCAAAAUAAAAGUGGGGCUUUCGGACUGACGAAAAUGGCAUUAGCUUUUCUGGCAGGAUAGCUGAAACACUUGGUGCUCAUGCUUCCUCUGGCAUCAACAACUGCGCGCAAAGCCCAGCCGGCAAGUUCUCCAAGAACGCGAGGUCAGGGGUUAUUCCACUGCCCAGCAUUCCGGUUUCACCUUCCUCCUCUGACCGGGAAAUCCCCUCAUCCUCCGGAUCGGAAGGCAUGGUGAGGGGGAAAUCUAUUUCGGGAAUGACGGUGACCAGCACCUCAGAUAAAGGAAAACGACCACAACGGAGGCCGAAGGCGCCACAGACAGGAAACGGGGGAAGCGAGAGGCGGCGAAAAGCAGGAUCGGAGGAAGUGACGCAAGCGCCCUCUAAGGCAACGCGCGGGUAGCGCGCAUGCGCAGCCGAAUCGUGCGCCGUGUGGGUUUCAUUUCUGGUCGCAGACUUGUAGCUCCGGGGUUGGCUGAGCUUCCGCGGGGAUUCCUCUGGGUCCUAAGGGAAGGUAGUGGGAGUCUAGAGCGGAGCUCGGGCUUUCAGUGAUGGAUGCUUUCAGUGAGGAAUUGAUGAGGUCUGUGGAAGAGGAUGAUCAAGAAAAAGCAUCAGUAGGCUGUGGUCCAGAAAUACAUUUACCUUGGCUCUCACAGCACAUCCAGAAUACAGUGAGUCAUGGCCAUAAGGGGAUAAAUUUUGCUCAGACGACAAGUAUUUGUUUAAAUUUCAUACAAGAAGCCCUGCUGAAGCACCAAUGGCAGCAAGCCUCAGAGUUUCUGCAGUGUUAUUUCCAGGCCUUGGAGGACUUUAACAGCCAGAAACGGCAGGUGGCCCUGCAGAAUAUUUGGAAACUGGGCAGUGCAAUUUUAUAUCAUCAUCCUAAGAGCAGUGUUGAAACCUUCAGUGCCUUUGCUGACCGGAUGAAAAAUAUUGGUGUCCAAAAUUAUUUAAAGAUCUCCCUACAACAUGCAUUAUACCUUCUGCAUAAGGGAAUGGUUGAGGAGGCUUACAGGAACCUAAACCAGGCAGAGAGCUGGAGAUAUGGUGAAAUGUCUGCUUCCCAAGAAAAAUUAAUUAAACUUAUCCAGGCCUACAGAGGGCUUUUGGACUAUUAUACGUGGUCUAAAAAGAGGACUGAACUGUCCAAAUUUGAUAUGGACGGUUUUGCUACCAGUGCAGCAACCCAGGAUAUGCACAGCUAUUUCCGACAGGCAUCAGUAAAUCUUCAUGAGAUCAUUAAAAUUCCUGGAGUAUGGGACCCUUUUGUAAAGAGUUAUGUAGAGAUGCUAGAAUUCUAUGGAGAUCAAGAUGGAGCCCGGCAGGUGCUCACUGACUAUGCCUAUGAUAACAACUUUCCAUCAAAUCCAAAUGCUCACGUCUACUUAUACAAAUUUCUGAAGAAGGAAAAGGCACCAGAAGAUAAAUUGAUUAGUGUGCUUAAGAUUUUGCACCAGAUUGUGCCUUCUCAUAAGAUUAUGCUAGAAUUUCACAUGUUACUUAGGAAGUCAAAGAAAGAAGAACACCAUAAACUGGGGCUAGAAGUUCUAUUUGCAGUCCUAGAUUUUUCUGGUUGCAUUGAAAACAUAACUGCUUGGAGGUACUUCGCAAAGUACCUGAAACAAAUAAUGAUGGAAAAGCACCUAGACUGGGUUCAGGAGGGGUGGAGUUCUAGAAAGGACUGGUGGCCAACAUUUCACUUCAGCUACUAUCUAGCAAAAAAGAAUUGGAAGGAAAAUAAGAUCCUGGCACUGGAAAAAGCUUUCACAUCUGGAAUACUGUUGGGAAAAGGUUGCAAAUAUUUUAUGUAUGUUUCUAAACAAGGUCAUAAAGUCCAAGAGAAGAGUAUUAAAACAAUGAAGAAAUUUGUGAUGAAGCACAAUAUCUUAGAUUCAAAAGAACUCUAGUGUUAUAGAAUUAUGGUAUAAUGAAGAGAUCAUUGGAGUUAGGAUCAAAAGACCUGGAUUUGUGUCCCAGUUUUGACAUCUGUGUAAACUUGAGAAAGUCUCAACAGCUUUGAGACUCAGUUCCCACAUCUAUAAAAUGAGGGAAAUAACAUUUUCUCCAUCAGCCUCACAAAAUGACUGUGAAGAAGGCACUUUAUGAAAGUAAAGCAUUAUAAAAAUGCGUACACAAAGUACUUUGGUUAAAUGAAAGCAAUCUUCUGAUCUCCAGAAAAAAUUAUUUUUCUAUGUUAAAAUUCUUGCAAUUAGUUUUGCAAAGAAAACUUGUUUCAGCAUCAACUGUAGCUUCACUGUAACUAUAAUGUUUGUUAUGUUUCUAAUUUUUUUAUGGAAUAAUAAAAUAAUUUAUUCAAGAAGGAA